GAGGGAGGGAGGAGGGAGGGAGGAGUAAGCGUUAGCCGGCCGGGAAGAGUCUGGCUGAGUCCCCGUUCAAAUCUCCCCAAGUCGCGUCACGGCAGCACAGGCAGCACAGACGGGAACGGCGCUGCCGCUGGCUGGGAAGAGGGGAGGAGUAAGCCAGAGCCGGAGAGAAGAAUCCGGGUUAACAGCUGAGGUACUGAUCGAGUUCUGCUCUUCUUCAAUGAGGAACUACAGGCUGAUCUUCUGCCAUAACCUCAAGCAACCAUAAAUGACAAAAGAAUGCUUGGUCAGUAAGGGUAGCUGGCAUAGAAAAUAUGUUAUAAACAUAGGUGUUUAAAAGUGCUCUGAGAAAGACAGCUUUGAUAUUGGGCUGUAUAAAGAUAUGAGGAAGAGCUCCUCCCCUUCCUUGAGUAACUGCACCUCUGUUCUUACAACCAAAAUAUUUGGAGUACCACUUGAUGAAUUGCAGCAGGAAGGACAGCCAGGCAGUGAAGUUCCAUUGAUAGUCCGCCAUGUUGUGGACUAUAUUGAGGAACAUGGAGGUCUAGAACAGGAGGGACUCUUUCAAGUCAAUGGCAAUGCAGAAACGGUGGAGUGGCUUCGGCAAAGAUAUGAUAAUGGAGAAGAUGUGGACCUGGUUAAGGAAGCAGAUGUACCUUCAGCUAUUAGUCUUCUUAGACUUUUUCUUCAAGCACUUCCAGAACCAGUUAUCCCUGGCGCUCUACAUGUGCAUUUGAUACAACUUUCUCAAGAUAAUGAAGAUGAAUUUGGAAGAAAGUUGAGGUUUCUCUUGCAGCAGCUUCCGCCUCUUAAUUACAGUUUAUUAAAGUUUCUCUGUAGAUUUUUAGCUAAUGUAGCAUCACAUCAUGAAGAGAUUUGGUCUGCAAGUUCUUUGGCUGCAGUUUUUGGUCCAGAUAUCUUUCACAUUUACACAGAUGUGGAGGAUCUGAAAGAACAAGAGCUAGUUAGCAGAAUAAUGGCGGGACUGCUAGAGAAUUAUGAUGAACUCUUUGAAAAUGAAGAGGAAGAUUUCUCAUCUAAUGAUUUAAGUUCGAUAACUGAGCAGAUAAAUGAUCUAUUGGAUGAAGAUGAUAUAAAGCUUGAGCAGUCUGAAGAACUGCCAGAAGAAGAAAAUAUGGAGGAACCAGAAUAUAGGCCAGAUAUUAAGCCUCAGGAUAUGGUGGAGAAUAUCUUGGAGUCAUGCAGUGUUUCAGCUUCCACAAGUGCUCAUCUCUCCCCCUUAAGCAUCUUGCCAGCCUCUGCAGACAUACUGGAAAGAACAAUUAGAGCAGCUGUAGAACAACACCUCUUUGACCUGCAGAGCAGCAUAGAUCAAGAUCUGAAGAACUUGCAACACAGAAUGGUGUGUGAUGAACCAAUUAUCGAGGGGGAUGAAGAAGGAUCUAACAACCAGGAGGAUACUGAAAAGAAUGUUACUAAAGAUGGUGAGAAUCUUGGAGACUGCUCUGAAACUGUGGAUUGCACUAAUUUAGACAAUGAAAUUGUACAGCUGGAUUCUGUGUCUGAGGAAGAAGACGACUAUCAGACAUCGGGCAUAUUGUUGAAGCCAUGUGGAGAAAGAGAAGCUGAAGAGUCCUUUGGAAAUAAGCAAGAUUGUACAUCCUCUGGCGACAAAAUGACUUCGCACGUGGUUCUGGGUUUUGCUGGCAAAAUAUGUGAUGCAAAUGCUCAUACUGAAUCAGAACUGAAAAACCGAAAUAACAAUGCUCCUGAAGCAAUACUGUGUGUUCCUGUACCACAUCUAGAUUUGAAGAAUGUAAAAGAUGGUGAAAAAUGGGAAGCGCCAUGCCCUAUCACUUUUCCCCUCAUUGAUUUCAAAACAAUGCAUCUCCAGACAGAAGGGGAGGAGCCAUUUCCUGCUUUUAAAUCUUGGCAAGAAGAUAGCGAAUCUGGAGAAGCUCAGCUUUCUCCACAAGCUGGAAGACUGAAUCAUCCUUUGGAAGAGGACAGUCAUCCAAUAUUGUCACAUCGGAGUUUGGAUUUUGGGCAAAACCAACGUUUCCUGCAUGAUCCGGAAAAAAUAGAUUCUUCAUCCAAAGCACUUUCCUUUGUUAGAACUCGAAGAGCAUCAUUUAGUAGUUCUAAGGAUGAUAGAAGGGAAGACAAAACUCCUUAUCAGCUAGUCAAAAAGUUGCAGAAGAAAAUAAGGCAAUUUGAGGAGCAAUUUGAAAAAGACAAAAACUUCAAGCCUUCAUAUUCUGAUAUUGCAGCAAAUCCAAAGGUUUUAAAGUGGAUGACAGAGCUUACCAAAUUGAAAAAGCAAAUAAAAGAUGCAAAGCACAAAAGCUCAGAUGGAGAAUUCAUACCUCAGACACGUCCACGAAGUAACACUCUUCCAAAAAGCUUUGGCUCAUCUUUGGACCAUGCAGAUGAAGAUAAUGAAGAUGAUCUAAGGGUUGCACAGAAAGAGAAGAAGCCUACCAAGGAAGCCACAGUUGAACUUAUUUUUAAAAGGCUAAAGGAAAAACGGAUUGAAAGAUGCCUUCCAGAAGAUAUAAAGAACAUGACAAAAGACCAUCUGGCAGAAGAAAAAACUUCACUCCAAAAAAGUCUCCUGUACUAUGAAAGUCAGCAUGGACGGCCGGUUUCCAGAGAAGAAAGGCAUGUUGUUAAGCCCCUCUAUGACAGAUACAGACUUGUGAAACAAAUGCUAACUCGAGCAAGCAUUACUCCUAUCCUUGGUUCACCAUCAACCAAAAGACGCAGCCAGAUGUUACAACCUAUCAUAGAAGGAGAAACAGCCCACUUUUUUGAAGAAAUUAAGGAGGAGGAGGAAGAUGGUGAUCUGUCACCAGAGUUGACUGAUCUCUCAAAAUCAAGCACCCAAACACAGCCCAUUAACACUAGCCCAGUCGAAAACUCAGAAUCUGAUGUUGAAGAAAGUCAAGAGAAACUGACUCGAGAGCUCCGCCUGUCAAGUACCCGUGCUGCUUCCAUGCCUGAAUUAUUGGAGCAACUUUGGAAAGCCAGAGCUGAGAAAAAGAAAUUGCGCAAAACACUACGGGAAUUUGAAGAGGGAUUUUAUCAGCAGAAUGGAAGGAAUGUUCAGAAAGAAGACCGCGCUCCCAUGCUUGAUGAGUACAGGGAGUACAAGAAAGUUAAAGCCAAACUUCGGCUUCUCGAAGUCCUCAUCAGCAAACAAGAUUCUUCAAAAUCAAUAUAAACUAUGUUUCUUCAUAACAGUGCAAGGUUGUUUUCUUAUGCUGUCAUAGUCAGUGUUAGGUAUUCACUUUGUCUUGAGCUGUUGAAAGAAUGCAGUUUUUGUACAUUUUAUUAUGGUGCCACAUUUGAAGGGCAAAUAGGUCCUGUCUAGAGAGCUAAUGAAAAUCCUAUACAUUUGAGACUGCUUUGUCCAGCAUUAGCAAACACAGUUUUUUCUGCUCAUUGUCUUUUUAAAAUCACAAAUGCAUCUUGUUCCCAAAAGACUAGACCUAGAACCAUUCAGAAACUCUGGAUCUGCUAACUUCGUUUUGUCUGCAUUUGUUAGCGUUACACUGAACUGUUCUGUUGCCUUUUUAUGAUGGGGAACAAUGGCAGCAAAUUAAGAACACAACUGUGUUCCUGAACACCAAAACUGAACUGAAAUGCCUUUCACAGGACUGCUGGUGAAUAACUUUGAUUUCAAAUGACAUGUGUCAUAUAAUUAUGGUCGUGGAUACUGCAGCUUAGAAGCUCUCAUGUGCUCUUUGGUUUCAGAUGACAAUGGACAAACCAGAAAGUGACCUUGCUUGUUGUAUUUUUAAAACUUGGAAAACCUGAACAUUUAUAUCACAUAUUGCCUACAAGACUUACAUUACUGUUAGGUUAUCAGUUUCUCAGCUAAUGGUGACUGAGUGUGUGUGGUCUGAAUUGGAUACUGCAUCUUACCCUUGUAGGGGAGUGUGUAGUGGUGCUCAGAUGUGUACAGCUCCAGCAGGCCUAUGUCAGUUAUUUAACUGCUGUUUCUGAAAUAACAAGCAUAUCUUCUCAAGGGCUAAAAUCAAUAUAGUUUAACAUGAUGGACUUAAGGUGAACAGAGCCAGCUUUGAAAAGGACCCUUUCUGCUGUUGUAGAAAGGGGAAGAAAAGUGAUUUAACCUUUUGUGGCAUUAAGCAGAGGAUAUUAUAUGGUUGCAUGAUGCAGCUUCAGAACUGAAACAUUUUUGGUGACAUUUAUCUCGCAUAGUGUAGGUGACAAAACAGCCUUCAUUGUUCUUUUUAAAACUAGCAAAAUUCAAAGGGCUUGAUUCAGUUCUCCUGUGGUUGUAGCACUUGUGCACAGAGAGAUCCCCAUCAGGCAUAACAGAGCCCUGCUUUCGUACUGUGGCAUUUGCACAAGCACCGCACGAGGCCAUUAUAAAUGGCUUGACGAGCAGCGUUUGUGGGUAAGCACGGUGGGGCGGGGAGGAAGGAACCAGAGCACUCUCGUGGGAUCCCUUUGUAGAUUCUGCACCCAUGAUAGGACAGAACUGAGCCCUCCAUUUUUAAAUCUGUGCUUUUUUGAAUUUUUGUGUGUGCGCUGAUCGUGGCCAUGUGUCUGCAUGUGUCUCUUUGCUGCAUGUGUUAUGAACAACGAAUGUCAGCACAAAUGUUGUUUCUCACUGCUUUCUGAAAGACCAAAAAAUGAACUUCUGCGAAGUAAGUGACUAGCAUGUAAACUCAUCAGGUUGGUGUGUUGACAUGGAAUAGAGAGUAGGUUUUCAAUACUCCAGACUUGUCUGUCUGCUAUGAAAGGCUCUUAUUUUUACUGUGGUUGUAAGCAUGUAAUUUUGAAACCCAAAAGAGAGCACUAAAAUGAAUUUAUAUUCUGAUGCUUUGCCUUUUUAUACAACUAGAGGUUUUUUAGUGGACCAUAGUGUGAACUGCAAGGUUGGUAAUUUAAUCUGAAGAUCAUCUGUGGCUUUUAUUCAGCUCCAUUGUGCAAUGUACACUGCAGUUACUUUUCUAUCAGUCUGCAAACACAGGUGCAUCCAAACAUUGAAACUUAUGUGUACUGUAUAGUGUUGUACAUGAAUGUUUUAUAUACCACAUGCAAAAUGUCAAUAUGCACUAUUUAAAUGUUUUAAAUAAUAUAUUCCUCCUUUAUAAUGCUUAAAUCUAUAUGAUUCCAAUAUUUUUAUAAAGUGAGUGAUCAGAUCGGUUUCAAUUCAGAAUGAUUAACAACUGCUUCUGUGUGGUGUUAUGCAGUGUUGGCUGUUUGUUGAGUAUCGUAGCUAGCAUGGCAUCAGUUAUGCUAAGAGUGUGUGUUGUGCCAUCCUUAUUGAGCAAUAAAUGGUAGACUUAGUCAUUUUGUGAUAUAACAUAGUUUUACUUUGCUAUAAGUAAAAACUAUAUAUGUGGAUAUAUAGAUAUAUAAAUAUAUAUAAAUAAACCAGAUAUAAAUGAUUGCUAUGUCUGGCAUUUCAUUGUAUAGAUUUUUAUAAUAAAAGGAUCUUUUAUUGUCAUA